AUGAAGAUGAAUCUUACUGAUGAACAACUCAUGCUCUCUCUUCUUAAAUUUGUUACUGGUGUUUCUGUUCAAAUUCAGUUUGUCGACUUGUAUGGCAAUAACAAACCUUCGCAGAUAUUCAAUACUACUACUGCUACUGAAUAUCACGUUUUUACUCAGUUAAAGAAAAAAAAAACAGGGAAUGGUAAGAACUUCAACAGGGGAAUUGUUGGUGGUGGUGGCUCAUGGAAAGGAAUUGACAAUAGUAAACCUGUUUAUGACUGGAAAAGAUCAGUAAUUGGCUCCAAGAAAACUUUCCGUUUUGAGGAAAAUAAUCAUGUUUGGAUUAUGAAAGAAUAUCGUCUUUGUGAUAAAGCACAAAACGCAUUAAUACAAAGUGGUCGUAUUCAGGAGGAAUUUGUUGAUGGGCUGUAA